CAGACAGACGUGCCUUGAACAGCGGGAAAAGCAACUACAGCAGAACUAAAGUGACGUGUUCCAACGCUGUGAUGUCGCUGAGUAUUCUGGCUCUCUGCCUGCUGGUUUGUAUUCACUCUGGCAUAAAUGCAUACCCAGCCAAACCUGCCAAUCCACGGCAAGGCGCGCCACCUGAGGAGCUUGCCAAAUAUUAUUCUGCACUAAGACACUACAUCAACCUCAUAACAAGACAGAGGUAUGGGAAACGAGACAGUCCUGAUACUGUAUUUUCUGAUGUGCUAGUGAGGGAGAGCACAGAAAGUGUUCCAGGAUCCAGCUAUAUCAGGUAUGAUGGGCUGCCAUGCUGCUAGAGCUGUUACAUCCAGGUUGACUUUACCAUAACGCUGCCACUAUGAUGUCUUUUACUCCCAUGAAUUGAACUUGUG